UUAAAUGAAAAUCUUCGAGAUUACAGCUUUAAAUAAAAAUAUGAAUAAUGAUCGAGCUAAGGUUAUAGCUUUCAGUCACAAUAUAUAUUGACUCAAAACUUAGCAAACACGCCAUUUUGAUUGUUUAAAAAUAUGAUUUAGUUAUGACUUGCAGCAGGUUCAGUGCAUUGCGCUAGUCAUCUGCGGUUGUUAGUAACGUUACAUGCAGGACUGUAUUAACGUUACUUCCUCGGUGCAGGGAGGCGUAGAACCACCAGUAUGAACCAGAACUAGCGUACAGCGAAGGCAGCAGGAAAAAAAAGCUGGCUCCUUGCUGGCAACAGAGCUUUGAACAUCGGGCUAGCGAGACAGUAAAAGAGAAAACUAGAACGCAACCACGGAUUUCUUGUGGGACAAACGUACAGGCCUCGCUGCUAAAACGAUGCCUCACACUAGACGGUACACGUCUUCAGACAGAGACAGUAGAAGCAGCUACCAAGACCGUUACAGAGACAGAGGGCGAAGACACCGGCACAGAAGAUCGCCUUCUUACUCCUCCAGCAGUGACCGAGACCGAGACAGAAGGGGACGGGGACAAAGACAGGAAGGAAGCUUUGUACGCUCAAGGAGUCGUAGCUAUGACAAUCGCUCUACGGAGAACCGGCCAUUUGACCGAAGAUACGAGGGAUACAGACGCUUGGAUCAGAGCCGAGAUAAAGACCGCGACAGAGAAAGGGAGCCACAUGGAGCAGCUGAAAGUUACUAUCCACGUGACUUCUCCCCAAACAUGUACGACUACCGACGUGGCCGCGAGAGGGGGCGCGAACGGGAUGAGUCGUACCGGCGGAAAGGCAGCAGGCGUAAGCACAAACGAAGGCGGCGUAGAACCAGGUCCUAUAGCCCAUCCUCCUCGCGGAGUGACAGCCGGACGAGGGCACUGAGUGUGAGGGACGACGAGGAAGGGCACCUGAUCUGUCGGAGUGGGGACGUCCUACAAGAGAGAUAUGAGAUUGUCAGCACUUUGGGGGAAGGCACUUUUGGGAGGGUGAUGCAGUGCAUUGACCAUCGCAGGGGAGGAGCCCAUGUUGCUCUGAAAAUUAUCAAAAAUGUGGAGAAGUACAAGGAAGCAGCUCGCCUGGAGAUAAAUGUACUAGAGAAGAUCAAUGAAAAGGACCCUGAUAACAAAUUCCUGUGUGUACAGAUGUAUGACUGGUUCGACUACCACGGUCACAUGUGUAUCUCAUUUGAGCUGCUAGCUCUCAGCACCUUUGACUUUCUAAAGGAAAACAACUACCUGCCCUACUCAAUUGGUCAGGUCAGACACAUGGCCUACCAAAUCUGUCUCGCUGUGAAGUAUCUCCAUGACAGUAAGCUGACACACACAGAUCUGAAGCCUGAAAACAUCCUAUUUGUCAACUCAGACUUCACAAUGUCUUUCAACGUAGAGAAGAAGCGAGAAGAGCGGACUGUUAAGAGCACGGCAGUACGUGUGGUGGACUUUGGCAGUGCCACUUUUGACCACGAGCACCACAGCACCAUUGUGUCCACGCGGCAUUACCGUGCUCCCGAGGUCAUACUAGAGCUGGGUUGGAGCCAUCCCUGCGACGUUUGGAGCAUUGGCUGUAUCCUGUUUGAGUACUACCUGGGCUUCACCUUGUUUCAGACUCAUGACAACAGGGAGCAUUUGGCAAUGAUGGAGAGAAUCCUGGGACCAGUGCCCUCUAGGAUGAUUCGUAAAACGAGGAAGCAGAAGUAUUUCUAUCGUGGCCGUCUGGACUGGGACGAAAGCUCCUCAGCGGGGAAAUACGUCAGAGAAAACUGCAAACCCUUGCGGCGGUACUUGCUUUCGGAGGCGGAGGAGCACCACCAGCUGUUUGACCUUAUUGAAAGCAUGUUGGAGUAUGAGCCCUCGAAGAGGCUCGUUCUGGCUGACUCCCUCAAACACCCUUUCUUUGAGAAUGGAGCGAUUAGCGAGGCAGGGAGCAGCAAGAACUGGGAGGGCAACAGGGACAUCAGCCGGUGACCUAUGAGCCUCCAAAGACUGAAUGACAGAGAAGAUCAAGUCUUUUUAUAUGUGGAGCAGGUGAACUGUUAAAUUAAUCGGGGAUUUGGAUGUUUUCUGUCGUUUGUCAAAGCAUGGACACCUUAACUUCUUGCUCCUCCAUCCUACCCCUCUGACGUCCACCUCUGCAGCCACAUGAGGCAUGUUUUUGCAGCAGAGAGACCAAAAUACCCACAAAAGACAGGAAAAGAGUUGGAAAGAGUUAUUUUCUAGCUGCCACAGCCUCAAUAGUGGUCAAAAAUCUCAAAUGGAAGAUUGUACCCAAAGUAGCCCUCUAUGCAGCUCCUGUCUUCCUUUGACUUCUGAACUACCUGCUUCCUUUCCGUCCGUCUAUUAUUUUCAUCAGCAUGUAAAGAAAAUAAUUCCCCUUUUUUAUAAGGAAAUAAGCACUACAAAACCGGUUACACAAAAACUCAGUUUUAGAGAAGAAAUGUCUUCCGAUUCUGAAGUCAAGGAAAGGGAAAAAAAGGAGAUAGAGCUGUAUAUGCAGCACAAGUCCUCACCCACAUAAUUCUAAACAUGAAGACAUGCAAGAUAUUCUAUUAUGCUAACACCAAAUCAUUCAAAUUGAAUAUCGUAUUUCCUUUGAAAUUGCAAGUAUCUCCAGCAGUUUCAAGUUUUUGUUAAGUGAGCACUUGUGUUGCAUAUUAUUUUUCAUGUUUCUUUUUUUACGUCUUUAAAAAGAAAAAGAGAGCCCUCACAAAGAGAUUCUUGCCCUUAAUCUCUUGGUCUAUUAGGUCUGUUAUUUUUUGCUAAUGAGAUGAUAAUGGACCCCACACACACACACACACACACACACACACACACACACACACACACACACACACACACACACACACACAGAGGUCUUAUUGAUAGAUGUGUUUAUGUUAUGCCAUGUUUUGAGUGUGUGUGUGUGUGUGUAUGUGUAGGGGUGGGAUGGUAUGGGUGACACGUUCAUAUUCCUGUUUUGCUCAGUGACUUCUUAGUAGUUCAGCAUUAGUCAUGGGAACAUUCUUGCAUAUUUUUAAACACAAAAAAAACAUACACUGCCUUUCCCAUGUGUGUUUUGGUCAGACCAGCAGUCUCUCCAUUGAGGUUAAGCACACAGCUCCAAGUGGUUGUCAAUGAGCCACACACAACUCCUGUUUGUAUUUAUUUUGAGUUCCAAUAGGUCAUAGUCCCCACCCCCCACCUGUACAUGACUUGGUUUUUUUUGUAUGAAAUUAAAGCGUAUAAAACUGUAUAUAUGUAAGAUUGUGUAGAAUUAAAGUUAAGUCCUCCUUACCAAAGGCUUAUGGGGCUCUCAGUAUCGGUUCGGGCCUCUGGUAGCUAAAGGGAGGCAUUCUGUCUUUAAAUACCA